CGAAUUGGUGGUCUCUGACCAUCUGGCAAGGGAUUGAAAAUGGGGGUAAUGGCAGAAUGCAAAACUGUUGAACAAGCGCACCAAAUGUUAAGGACCUAUGAGCUGAAAACUAACAGUAGAUACGCUAGUUAUAAAGCUACAAAGAACUUUGGGAGAAACGAUUUGAGGAAUGCUAAGAAAGUGUUUUGGGAAGACAUGCCUUCAGCUUUGUAUGGAAAAAUAGCUUUCAAUGGAACACCAUUUGUAAUACUUGGAAAUAAAAUGUUUGACUGCCAGUUUGGUAAAGACAGGAAAGAGAAACGUAAAGCCAAAAUGCAGAUGGAAAAGAGAAAUGAAGACCAAUUUAGAGACCUGUUAGGCAGGAGUGAAUUAGACAGCCAGCUUCAAAGUGGUACAAACCAGAAAGCGAAAAGUAAAACCAAAAAGAGGUCAGUGGGAGAAAGUGCAGUGACAAGAAAGAUGCAUGACACUAAGAAGAUUGAUUGCCCUGCGAGAUGCAUAUUCAGGGAAAUAUGCAGGUUCCCAACAUAUAAGAUAAAGAACACUACACCACCAUUUGAAAGAGGAAAGAUUGCAGCAGAUAUACAAAAUAAAAUUCGUGCAGGAGAAAAGAUUGUUUAUGAGCGGGUGAUUAUAACAUAUAUUGCUAGCAUUGAGGAGCACACCUGCCAUACUUUAGGAGAGACUAUACAACAACCGAUAGAUCCUAGAUUAGCACAGAAAAUUAAAGAUUUGUGCCAACUUGGAGUGAGCAGUGUAGAUGCGGUGAGAAGUCUGCUAAACAGCUAUGUCCAAGAUAUUUGCAAACCAUUGCCGCAUCCAUCCAAUACAAGGUUCUACCCAAGUAACAAGUGUAUAUCAAACCACAUUUACAAAGCUAAAAUCAAGGAGAAAAAAGAAGACAUGUACAAACCUAAUAACAGGGAGAAAAAAGAGGACAUGUACAAACCUAAAACCAGGGAGAAAAAAACAGACCAGCAAGCAGGUGCAGACUUGAUUGAUGAGCAUACUCAUCCAAGUGUACGGAUCAAGGGGACAGAGACAAACUACAUCCCUGUCCAGUGCUUUGACCCAGUAUGUGCAGACAAGGCUCCACACAUGCACUGUCCUUUCUGCGUGAAGACUGACACAUACACUGAUCCUGUCAUCUUAAAAGCCCAUUACAGAGUGAAACAUGUUGAUAAAGGCAUUGAAUUUGCAGGGUUGAAAGUUCUACGUUGUUGUGACCGAUGUGACAUUGUUGGUGUCAUAAAGGGAGAGAAAAAAUUCAAGGGAGCUCACUGGCACUGUUACAAAUGUCGGAAUGGAUUUAACAGAAGGGAUGAGGCCAUUAAACAUUACAAAACACAUUUCAGAAAUCCACAGACAACAUUUCAGAUUCAGAUUGCACAGGAUAUAAACCAGCCAGUAACCCAGGCAUUUGAAACAGAAGAAGCUGCUGCAUGUAUCCCAACAGACAGUUUCUCUGUACAUGCUAGUCUGACAGAGGGCGUCCCAGCUCACUCCAGUGGUAUAUCAAUGUUGCCCCGAGGUUUAGAGGGGAUGGUAGCAAUGCCAGGUGUAGGGGCUGUGGAGACAGUGGGAGUCUCGGACACACAGACCAUCAUGAUAAUACAAGAUGAUGGACAGGGAAAUCUCUCAGCAAUGCAAGAAUUUUGCACUACACAGGACUCGGAUCCUCCUGACCUUACUAUAUCUGAUGAAAUAGAUGAUACCAGUCAAGACACUGUGCAGGAACUGAGAGACAAGAUUGCACAACUUGAGAAAGAGAAGGCUGAACAAAAAGCUCACAUUGCUUUACUCAGUAAAAAGAUUGAAGAGCAGUCUCAGCAAAUAGAAGCAUAUAAAUUGAGGGAACAAAGUUUGUUGGAACAGAUGCAAGAGUUACAGCAGGGCAUGUCAGUACCGCAGGACAGAGUCAUUCAAGAUCUAUGCAGUCAACUAGAAACUCAGCAUAAAGAACUUAUACGUAAACAGAUUACACAACUCAAACAUUCCCUUGUUCAAACCAGUGUACCACAACCAAAAAUGAUCGUGUUAAACACAAACGCAUUACGUACGCAAUUAGGUCAAACAGUUAAUUUACAGGCAUUCGAUACAAACAGUAAUAACGCUACACAAGUAGCUGUUUCACUAGAUUUUAACCCUUCUGCUGGUCUUAAUGAAGUGAAUUCUGGUUCUUUACAAACUGAAAUGACUGAAGUAGACACUAAUGAUUCUGUUGAAGAAGGAAAAGUGACAGAUGAAACUGAACAGUCUAAAGAGGAACACUAUGCAAAAGAAACUGAUUAUCCAGAAAUUCUCGUACAUAAUUUACCGCACGAGUUAGAUGGAGAAAAUCCUAUCAUUGAAAAUGAUGGUAACAUUUGUGAUGAGCCAGAAGCAAAAAAAAGAAGAAAAGAAAAAUAGUGUGGUCGAAAAUUUUAUAGUGUAAUAUUUCAUCAUGUUCAGAAGGUUAAAUUUAUAUAAACUGCCAGUUUGUUAAAAAUAAAUUUCAUGAAAAAUC